AGGACGCCCAGGGAGGCAGGAGCAGGGGCCGGAGCGGGACGCCGCGUCUGGGAGCAGCUAUGGAGGAUGCCUUCAUCCGGCACAUCGAGCUGCUGGGCUACGAGAAAAGGUUUUUCCCCAGCCAGCACUAUGUCUACAUGUUCCUGGUGAAGUGGAACGACCUCUCCGAAAAGCUCGUCUAUCGCCGGUUUACCGAGAUAUACGAGUUCCACAAGGCGCUGAAGGAGAUGUUCCCCAUUGAAUCCGGGGACAUCAACAUGGAGAACCGGAUCAUCCCACACUUGCCAGCCCCAAAGUGGUUUGACGGGCAGCGCUCAACCCAGAACAGGCAGGGCACGCUGGCUGAGUACUGCUACACGCUGGUCAACCUGCCCCACAAGAUCUCCCGGUGCCUGCACGUAGUCAACUUCUUCAAGGUCCGUCCCGACGACACGAACCCCAUCACAGACAGCCAGAUCACGAAGCCUGAGGUCUUCCUCCUGCCAAAGGAUGCCAAGAAAAACCCCACCGACAUCACGGGCCCCAUUGUCCUGCAAACCUACCGAGCCAUCGCUGACUACGAGAAGAGCUCCAAAUCCGAGAUGGCUCUAAAAGCCGGGGACAUGGUGGACAUCGUGGAGAAGAGCGAGAGCGGCUGGUGGUUUUGCCAGUUGAAGAAUAAACGGGGCUGGGUGCCAGCUGCCUAUCUGGAGCCGAUGGAUGGUCCCGAUGAGUCUGAAGAGCAGGAGCCCAAUUAUGCAGGUGAGCAGUACAUUGUCCAGAAAAGCUACACGGCCGUGGAGGAGGACGAGCUGACCCUCAAGGAGGGUGAUACCAUCGAAGUCAUCCACAAGCUCCUUGACGGCUGGUGGGUCAUCAGGAAGGAUGAAACCACGGGUUAUUACCCCUCCAUGUACCUGCAGAAAGCCGGGGAAGCCAACGGCUCUGUGAAGAGCGAGCUGAGGAACCGGAGCGCUCCUCCGCGGAGAUCCACCAUCCGAAACGCAAAGAGCAUCCACAAGCAGAGCCGGAAGCAGAUCAGCCAGGAGACCUACAGGAGGAACAGCAAGAAGUACAUCCAGAGCCGGAGGAACAGGAAGGAAAAUUUCCAGAACAAGGCCAAUGUCAUCAUUGAGAAAAACAAGCAAGAGGAGAACAAGCCCAAGGCUCAACCUGCCGUUCCUCCCCGUCCCAGCAAAGCGCUCAUCAUGAACCGCUGCACCGAGAGCAACCGCGGAA